UGUGUUGAGACACCAUCACUGUACUUCAACCAGAUCACUAGUGUGUUGAGACACCAUCACUGUACUUCGAGCAGACUCACUAGUGUGUUGAGACACCAUCACUGUACUUCAACCAGACUCACUAGUGUGUUGAGACACCAUCACUGUACUUCGACCAGACUCACUAGUGUGUUGAGACACCAUCACUGUACUUCGAGCAGACUCACUAGUGUGUUGAGACACCAUCACUGUACUUCGAGCAGACUCACUAGUGUGUUGAGACACCAUCACUGUACUUCGAGCAGACUCACUAGUGUGUUGAGACACCAUCACUGUACUUCGAGCAGACUCACUAGUGUGUUGAGACACCAUCACUGUACUUCGAGCAGACUCACUAGUGUGUUGAGACACCAUCACUGUACUUCGAGCAGACUCACUAGUGUGUUGAGACACCAUCACUGUACUUCGAGCAGACUCACUAGUGUGUUGAGACACCAUCACUGUACUUCGAGCAGACUCACUAGUGUGUUGAGACACCAUCACUGUACUACCUGCAAGGUACCAACUGCUAGGCAGUGACGUGUAUCUAUCAUAAGAAGCAAGGAUGCGAAACAAAGGAGCCACGUAAUUACGAAGUGAAUUCUUAAGGAAGACAAAUACGAGGACGACGGAGCACUGCAGCAGACCUACUAGCCCAUGCUUGGUACACCGAUAAUGACCACCUGUUGGAGUAUGGUGGUGAUGGUGCUUGUGGUGGUGGAUGGAAGCCUAGUGGAUGGAAGCCUAGAGAAGAGAAGGCCAGUAGUGGAAGCUUGGCCUCCUGAAGAAGCCUCCAGGGAGGUACUCCCGUCUCCAGAGGGCCCUCCACAUGCACUUCCUGACAUUCCAUUUACAAAGUUUAGCAAUGACACUCUGAAAAUUCUCUCCCAAGACAAAGAACGUGGGAGUCUACCAGAUGAACACCUUCCGUAUACGAACGGCUCUUCCCUAAGCAGGAGUCUGAUAAGACGCUGCUGCCGGAGGCAGUCUGUGGAGGAGCCCUUGGAGUCACUGAAGGAGGUACUGACGAGACUGGUGAUGCAAGAGAUGAAUCAAUGUGACUUGGUAGUGACUUACGACCUCCAUUACUCCUUCCUCCAGGAUGUUGUCACUCUUGCCAACGUCAAGCAGGUGUGGCAGGUGCGUGGUGGAGAGGACCUGGUGCAGGUGCUGUGGUCGUCCAGUAGAUGCUCAGGGUACCUAAUGCUUCUCCUACACUCUCAGCACCUACUACACGACUUCACUAACACUCACCUGGACGCCUGGGACUACUACGGAAGGUAUGUGGUUGUGGCUGGCUCAGUGGAUGACCUGGACCAGCUGAUGUCUUCAGCCAAAAUCAAGAAUACUGAACAGCUGGUUGGUCUUGUUCAGACAAAGGUAGCUGGUGAGUGGGGUGUUUACGUAGGGGAAGCGUCUAUUGUGAGGGGUCUACAGCUUCUCUCUACCUGGAAGGAAGGUGUCUUUAUCCCGAAUAUCCAGAGGUUUUACCUCCCUCCUCUCACCUCCCUCCACGGCACCGUCCUCAAGGUCGUGACUUUCAAGUGGGAGCCCAAUGUGUUCUACCUGCCAGGGAAGGAAGGAAAGAUAGUGUCACCAUACGGGGUAGAUAUUGACGUUGUCACUUCUCUGGCUCAUUUCUACAACUUCUCUGUGCUCUUCUUGGAGCCUCCCCCGGGAGAGUUGUGGGGCGAGGAUGUUGGAGGAGGUCACUGGAGUGGUAUGCUGGGUCAGCUACAGCGAGGUGAGGCACACCUGGGUGUUGCUAGCAUCUAUGUCUCCGCUGACCGUGCCUCAGCUGUCGACUUCACCACUCCCUACGACUCCAGGAUGAGUUGUUUCAUGGCACGGAGGGAGCAGCCACUGCCCCGUUGGUAUGCUUUGACCUACCCCUUCAGCGCCCACGUCUGGUUCACUGUCAUGGCUGGAUUCCUUCUGGCAGGUCUUCUCCUCUGCCUCGUCGCUCGCACCAGUGGGUACAGGAAUGGAGAGAUUCUUCAUCUGCAGCAGGUUGGCUACUGCUACAUGUACACCUUCGGGCUGCACAUACAGCGAGCUUUGCCUUCUCUUCCUCGCUCCUCCCCCACUAGGAUCCUACUUGGGGCCCUAUGGCUGUAUGCCUUGAUACUCACCUUGGCCUACUGCACCAAUCUCACGGCCUACCUCAUCGUCGCCAAGACCCCAGCCUCCAUGGACACUGUGAGGCAGCUGAAGGCCUCUGGCGUCGAUGUGGCUGGAUUAGGGUACUUCUAUAAGAAUGCUCUCUCUUCAUCCACCGACCCGGAUUUGCGAAGUCUGGCGAAGAACUAUGAGCCGCAUCAGUCAGUGGAGAGCAUCUUUCCGAGGGUGUUGCAAGGUCGCUCUGUCUUCCUACAAAACAGAGCAUUUAUUGAGUUCAUCAGCCUGGCCAGGUUCACUAGAAGAGGCGUCACCAGCAUGCGCAUCAUGAAGGAAUGCUUCGCACCGUACAGCGUGGCUGCAGCAGUACAACGACACUCACCACUCAAGACCAGGUUUGAUAGAGUCAUAGGCUGGCUUCAGCACAGUGGACUCGUCAGACAAUUCUUCCUCAACUCACUCAGGCUGGCUGCCUCUACUCAGGAGUACAGGCAGACGAAGGAAGGCAUAAAAACAGCAGUGGCAGACACUCCUGGUGAGGGCCAUGGUGAAGCCACGCCUCUCACCAUAGACCACCUCCAGGGAAUCUUCUUCAUCGUUGCCCUGGGCUGGUUCUCCUCUCUCUUGGUUUUCUCGCUGGAGCUCAAGCUUUCUUAUAGAGCUUAGAGCUCUUGUGUUCUUGAGUUGAAAGGCAAGAUAGCAAGAAUGCAACACGCACUGAGGAGGGAUGAUAGUAGAGUGAAAGCAGACUAACUACGAGAUGGAAUGUGAGUGAGUAUAAUGAGAUGGAUGGAAGCUUGCAAGGACCCUUGCUGCUUUACAAUUAAGAUUUAUUAUUAUGAUUAUUAUAGUUAUUAUUAUUCUUAUUAUUUUAGUUAUUAUUAUUAUUACAAUUAUUAUAUAUAAAGCACUGAACCAAUAAGGGUCAUUCAGCGUUACAGAGCAGAGGUAGAAUAAUUAGAGGCCUGACCGUGUUAUUCAAUAGGCACAUUAGGCACUUCAUUUAUUAUCCAAUAGGCACAAUAGGCACUUCAUUUAUUGUCCAAUAGGCACAAUAGGCACUUCAUUUAUUGUCCAAUAGGCACUUCAUUUAUUAUCCAAUAGGCACAAUAGGCACUUCAUUUAUUGUCCAAUAGGCACUUCAUUUAUUAUCCAAUAGGCACAAUAGGCAUUUCAUUUAUUAUCCAAUAGGCACAAUAGGCACUUCAUUUAUUGUCCAAUAGGCAUUUCAUUUAUUAUCCAAUAGGCACAAUAGGCACUUCAUUUAUUGUCCAAUAGGCACUUCAUUUAUUGUCCAAUAGGCACUUCAUUUAUUAUCCAAUAGGCACAAUAGGCAUUUCAUUUAUUAUCCAAUAGGCACAAUAGGCACUUCAUUUAUUGUCCAAUAGGCACAAUAGGCACUUCAUUUAUUAUCCAAUAGGCACAAUAGGCACUUCAUUUAUUAUCCAAUAGGCACAAUAGGCACUUCAUUUAUUAUCCAAUAGGCACAUUAGGCACUUCAUUUAUUAUCCAAUAGGCACAAUAGGCACUUCAUUUAUUGUCCAAUAGGAAAAACAAUAGGCACUUCAUUUAUUAUCCAACAGGCACAUUAGGCACUUCAUUUAUUAUCCAAUAGGCACAAUAGGCACUUCAUUUAUUAUCCAAUAGGCACUUCAUUUAUUAUCCAACAGGCACAAUAGGCACUUCAUUUAUUAUCCAACAGGCACAAUAGGCACUUCAUUUAUUGUCCAAUAGGCACAUUAGGCACUUCAUUUAUUAUCCAAUAGGCACAAUAGGCACUUCAUUUAUUGUCCAAUAGGCACAAUAGGCACUUCAUUUAUUGUCCAAUAGGCACAAUAGGCACUUCAUUUAUUAUCCAACAGGCACAAUAGGCACUUCAUUUAUUGUCCAAUAGGCACAAUAGGCACUUCAUUUAUUGUCCAACAGGCACAAUAGGCACUUCAUUUAUUGUCCAAUAGGCAGUUCAUUUAUUAUCCAAUAGGCACAAUAGGCACUUUAUUUAUUAUCCAAUAGGCACAAUAGGCACUUCAUUUAUUAUCCAAUAGGCACAAUAGGCACUUCAUUUAUUGUCCAACAGGCACAAUAGGCACUUCAUUUAUUGUCCAAUAGGCACAUUAGGCACUUCAUUUAUUAUCCAAUAGGCACAAUAGGCAUUCUGAAGUCUACGAAUUUUCUUUUACUGUUUUUUUAUUUGUAUGAUAAAGACUAAUAAAGAUAUCUUGAAUUCGUUUUUUUU